GCUGAACUCAAUUCAAAUCUAAAAAUGUCUUGAUUUGACCGCCUCUAAAAAACUUCACGAGUUGUCGAUGUGACGCACCAAUCAUCUUGAGACAGUUUGACCUUCAAGUGCUCGCAACCCCCAUCAGUGGACGAUACCCCUGAAGCGUUGCCUGUCGCACUCAUGUUAUCUGUGAUAUUAUCACUUGCUUUCGUUAUUAAAUGUUACCCCAUUUACCGCUCCUAGCACUCCAACAUCACACAGGUUACCUUCAGGCUAGGUACAAACCUACCAAAGAUUAAACGUUGCAACUGCCUGUAGUUUUCCUGGUGUUUGUAUUGGUUAUGUCUUCAGGCUGUUGCUCAGAUGAACAGUGCGAUGGGGACGAAGAUUCCGACUCUUCCGUUCAUAGUGCAACUCAUAAUGGUAGCAAAGCACUCAGUUCUCUCUAUAGUAAAUGUAGAAGUGAAUCAAAUCGACAUAACCCGCUUAUCAAAAUAUCUAGAGAAGAAGCCAAUUUGUGCAAUGCAUUUACAAAAUGCAUACGUCACGAUUCUGGGUACAAUGGUUUCUAUCUACAACCGAUGCACGAAUGUAGCUCCUCAACACAUAUAUCAGUCUUACCAUUCGAACUGCUUUUGAGAAUAAUUCGAUGGACUAUUGGCAGCCAUCUAAAUAUACGUGUUCUAGGUGUUUUAUCUUGUGUAUGUCGUGGUUUCUAUCUGUUGGCUAAUGAUAAUUCAAUAUGGAGAGAUAUUUGUUUCAAAUUAUGGCCAGUGUGGCUAACAUAUGACAAUAAUAAUAUCGGUUGUAAUAAUCAGCUUAAUUAUUUAUCCUCAAUGAAUUACACUUCAUGGCGUGAAAUGGCUAUUUAUCGACCACAAGUUUUAUAUCAUGGAUGUUACCUUUGUCGUGUCACUUACGCUAGAACAGGCGAACCGGAAAUAGGCUCUUCUUAUAAACCUGUAUUUAAAGUUGUCUAUUAUCGUGGUAUACGUUUUCAUGUUUCAUCAAAUCAAAUCAGCAUGUUCACUGCACCAUCAGAUCCAUCUUCAAUCGUGGCAGUUUUAAGUAAAUCACAUCAGUCCUUGUCAUCAUCUGUGGAUGUCAGUUUAGUUGGAAAUAAUAACAAUAAUAAUUCCAAUUCCGAAGCAGUUAUGAAAACAGCUGUUUCUGGUACAUUAUUGAAGGGAACGUAUGAAUGGUAUGAUCAUGAUUCUAUUGUGUGUACUUUACAUCAAUUUUCCGAUAAACAAAAUCGACCCCCAAUAAGAAGACGCCAACACUUGGGUCCCGUUGUUCCACAGUUAACAGUUACGUUCACAAUAAAAUUUAAAAUUGGUAACAAAAAAGGUUGUCUACACAAUCAACUCCUGUGGGAUUCGUAUGUUAUCCAUACCUUUGAUAAAUCCAGUGAAAGUGAAAGUACCACCGUGUUAGAACUAACCAACCAACAUUUUCCACCCUGUCGUUUUGUUCAAGUGCGAAACUUCAUCCCAGAGGUGACAGCCUCACCACUUUGACCUAUUUUCACUACUAAUCGUGGGUAAUCUUAUCUUCACAAAAAUAUUUUUCAACAUACAAAUAUUUCUACAAAUACAUACAGUUUUUUAGUGUUAACUCUUAUCAAUUACUCUGCUUGAUGUAUUUGUUUAUUUUACGAUUUCAUUUUUGAAUACUUCACUCUGAUUUACUCUGUCGCUGUUCUUACUUCAACUUAAGUUCUUUACAUAAUUAUAUUUACAUCAUACACGUGUACAUUAACGCAUGUUGUUCAUCAUGAUUUAUGUGAUAUUCGACUUCUAUAACUAUUUUCAUCAUAGAUUUUAAUCCAAUAGCGUUUACUUUAAUGGAUAUAUCUUACAUAUAUCUACUACAAAAUGUCUAGCAUUCACAGUUCUUUGUUUAAUUGACUAUUAUGCAUUACAAACUGCAUAAAACGGUAAUUGUAUUUUUUAUUCUAAUGAAAUCAAGACAAAUGAAUAUCAAAAGUUUAAAAUCUGAAGUAAGGCGUAUUUCUCACUGUGGAUCCGAUAAGUAAGCUAUUAAAUUGAGAGAAAAUCUAGUUUCCCAGUCAUUUUUUCAGCUUGAUAAUAACUCAUUUCGAAAUGGUUGAUCUUGAUUGCCACAUGACCGAAUAAAUUUUUCCAUAGGAAUACUCUCAUAUGAUUGUGUAGUACAUCAAUAUUUAUUACAAUCCCGCUAGUCAAAAGUUGAUUCUUUCAUUAUGUUGACAGAUGACUUGUUUUAUCACCCACUUUUUUCUACCUGAUCAAUAGCUACCUCUGAAAAUUUG